AUGACCGUCGACAUGUCCUCCGAGCAGGAGGCCAAUGACUUCCAGCAGGUUCAGGUUGUCAAACCAUCGAUGUGGCGGUCCCUGGCGAAUAACCCCAAGGUGCUUUUUAUCGCAUUCUUUGCCUCCUUUGGUGGUUUUGAGUAUGGCUACCAGCAAGGCGUGCUGGGACAGUCUUUGGUCAUGACCCGUUUCAAAGAGAACUUCCCCUCCGUGGUGGACUCUUCCACAGCCACCGGUUGGUUGACUUCAAUUCUCCAGUUGGGCGGAGUUGUGGGAUCCUUGUCUGCAGGUGUGCUGGGAGAAAUCUUUUCACGAAAGUACACCAUGUUCGUCGCAUGCUGCUGGGUGAUCCUCGGGAGUUAUCUUUACGUUGGCGCCACGAACGGCAAUCCGGCACUCUUGUACGCCGGACGAUUCUUCACGGGUGUCGGCGUGGGUCUGUUUAGCGGUGUCGGCCCCUUGUACAAUGCCGAGCUGGCAGCGCCCGAGAUGCGUGGUCUUUUGGUGUCUUUCUAUCAAUUUGCCACCAUUCUCGGAAUCAUGAUUUCCUUCUGGGUGGGUUACGGAAGCAACUACAUUGGAGGUACGGGCGAGACGCAGUCGGACAUGGCAUGGCGCCUGCCUUCCAUUGUCCAAGGUAUCCCUGCCGUUUGCCUAGCCUGUGGCAUUUGGUUCAUGCCUUUCUCUCCCAGAUGGCUGGUCAAAAAGGACCGUGAUGAAGAGGCCCUCGCUACGCUUGCCUGGAUAAGAAAGCUGCCACAGGACCAUGAGCUGGUUCAGAUGGAGUUUUUGGAGAUGAAGGCAGAAGCCCUGUUUGAAAAGAGGGCAUUUGCCAAAGCAACACCCUGGUUGGCCGAAAGAGAAAACAAGAGCGUUUGGAUGAGCCAAAUCGCACAAUACGCGAAUUGUUUCCGGACCAUGGGCAACUUCAAAAGGGUCUGCACGGCAUGGCUGGUUAUGUUUUUUCAGCAAUGGAGUGGUGUCGAUGCCAUUAUUUACUACGCGUCUAAUGUUUUCGUUAGUCUUGGACUGACGAGUGGCACUGUUGCUCUCUUGGCGACUGGAGUGACUGGCGUGGUCUUCCUCAUCAGCACGAUGCCGGGCAUGUUGAUCAUCGACAAAGUCGGUCGAAAGCCGAUGCUCUUAGUCGGCUCAUUGGUGAUGUUACUUAGCAUGGUAAUUGUUGGAGUAAUUGUGGCCAAAUUCCGGCACGAUUGGCCUUCUCACGAGGCCGCGGGCUGGAGUGCUGUCGCACUUAUCUGGCUCUAUAUCGCCGGCUUUGGUGCUACCUGGGGUCCUUGUUCAUGGACAUUGGUUUCAGAAAUCUUCCCUCUCUCUAUUCGUGCGAAAGGUGCUUCCAUUGGCGCGUUUAGCAACUGGAUCAACAACUUUGCCAUCGCCUUCUUUGUACCACCAAUGCUAGAAGCAUGGGCAUGGGGUACGUAUAUCUUCUUUGCUGUGUUCCUGGGCGUCGGCAUGGUCUGGGUGUGGUUCUUCCUGCCAGAGACCAAGAAUGCGUCGCUCGAGGAGAUGGACCGGGUUUUCAAGAGCAACACCGGGGAGCAGGACGCCGAGAUGCUGCGUGAAGCACAGAGAGAGGUUGGAUUGACCGCAUGCCUCGAACGAUUGUCCAAGGGGCCGGUACCCACCGAGAAAGAUAGCUAUGGGUCACAUCUCGAGCAGGUAUAA